AACUUACAUACUUCGAUUUAAAUUUAGCCGAAUAAACGUCAUUAAACAAUGUUCUUUUAAUCUAAAGCCUAUACAAUUUAUGAAUCUGUUUACUGAACUUGUAGUUUAUGGUUAAAAAAAAAAAAAGCGUCUCUCCCCUCCUCUGAACAAGAAUGCAAGACGCCUAAGACGCGAUGCAUUUUAAGUGAACCUGCUUUUACAGAAGUUAAUAAUCAAUGUUUUAAUUAUUUAAUUUUGUUCGUUUUAUUUAAUAAACCUGUGUAAUUAUUAUCAUGGAAGCUUUGUUACCUUCGGAAAUAGCUCGAUUAGUGUUUGGAUAUCUGGAAGAUCAUGAUUGUAACGAUGCUGCCAGGAUAUUCUUAGAAACGUCCCCACAUCUCCAAGAAUGCCGUAAUGUAUUAUCAAAAGGAAGACGUUUUAAUACUCGUAUCAGUGGAUUAACGUUAAUAGAUAUCGUUGAAAAGUAUUCGGCUAUGAGCGUUAUGAUACAGGAACGUUUAAACAAAAUCACAGAUAGUGAACAUCUAAAGCAUUGCGGAGAUCUAUUAGAACAAUUAAAAUUUUUAGUAGAAGAAACACGUGGGCAACGCUUCGUUGUAAAUAUCAAUGUGCCUUCACAGGCUAACCAACAAACAUUAAGUGGAUCUCCAAUAAUAUCAGGCAGUAGAAAAAAAAGGCAUCUUAGUAAUAGCGACAAAGAGCGACACAAAGGUAAUGCAAAACUAUCUAAUACUGUGUGUCAGGAAUCUGUCUCGUUAUCCAAUCAUGCAAUUGGUUGUGAAGCAACAGCUCUUGAAAGUUUACCUGGACAUACAGAGGCGAUCAAGCAUGCAGAAAAAUGUGACUAUAUACAAACCGACAUUAAUAAUGCGAUGGUACAACCGAAACAAUGCUAUUCCAGGAAAAAUAGUUUUACGGAUAGCAAUCAUACCAUGGAUAGCAGAGACAAAGUUGCAUCGGAUUCAGGCGAUAAUAUUGAUACUCGAAAUUUUAAUGUAAACAUCAUUAAUGACAACAAAUGUAGGAAUGACGAUGUAAAAGUUACUACCCUAAGUGAAAAGUGUACUACGGGGACAAACACGGAAGAAUUGUUAUCUUUCUCUAACACAGAAGUUCAAACUACUCCUUGUGAAUUACUUGAUUAUGAAUCAGAAUCCAACGACGAGCCUAUUCAAAAUCUUAGUUUGUUGACGAAGGAAUUGUUAAAUCGAACGGAAUUACAAGAACGUAUCGCUGAAAAUAUAAAUAAAGCGAUUCUUCCGACUGAUACACUCGUAAGGGAAGAAAAAGAAAUUUUAAACGAAUCGACAGGUUGUGAACUUAAUACAUCGGUCGUAUCUGAGUUAAAUAAUGCUAUCAAAUCGAUAGUAGAAGCAACAGAAUCUGAUCCAGUCUUUGAACAAUUUCUGGACGAAAUCAUUGGAAAAAACACAGAAACCGACACAAGUCCCGAUGAAGAUAUUGAUGUUAAAUCAACUCCUGCAGAUAGGUCGGAAGAAAAACAAAUGGAAAUUGAUAACAUCGGUAUUAUUUUACCAGAACAUACGAUUGUUGAAGUUAAAUCGUCUAAUGAAAUGAGUUCGGCAGAAAUACCUUUGAAACAAAGACUUCGCAGUUCUUCCAGACAACAAACUGCUAGAGUUGAAGAUGAGAUUUAUAAACAAAAGGAGCAAAGUGCUUUGGAGGAUCAAAAUGCCGCAGCUAUUUUAAGUAUUAUAAAUGCCAACAUAACUAACACGCACGUUAGACCGGAAAAUGAUAAAAGUAAUAUUCAUGAUAACAAAGAAUUGUCUGCGACAGAAACCAAUGACAAAAAAUCUCCAGUCUCCAUAGCUAUACCUAUACCUAGUACCAGUAAUACUGACUUGUCUGAAAAAUAUACUACGCAAAUAGAAAAUCAGAAAAUGGAUAACGUUACUGCGAACAAAGAAACGGAAUCUAAACCAAAGAGAUCGGUGGUUAAGCGUCCACGACCUACAAAGAUUAAACGAGAAUCUGAAAUCAAUUCUAAUGGUUUAAUCUCGGAACAGGAUAUUAUGACUAUGCCAACGUUGGUAUUAUGCUCGAAGGAAGAAAUAACUAAUAUACGUGCUCUAAAUCCAUCUUACUCGAUUGGAAAUAUUCAUCCUAUUACUUCUAAUUCUACUUCACAUUUUAUUCCAAUCAUGCCUAAAGAUCCUAACAAAACUAAAGAAUCAAUGGAAACUUUAUACGUUAGAACUGUCAAUGUACCGCAAAAAUAUGUAUUGCCAACAACUAUACCGAAUAUACAAGAAGAUGCAAAGAACUUGUCAAAUAGUAAGGUACAAUCAUCUCAAAAAGAAAACAUUGCUAAUAGCAAAUUAAAGCCUAUACAAAAUAUUGACAAAUUGAUACAAAAUACAUGUAAUCCUAUUUUUCUAGAUCCAAUUGAAACAAAUAAAUUAGUGAGUAUGGAAUCAAUAACGCUUUAUAGCACAGAGAACAGUAUUAAAACAUCUUUAAAUAGUACAAAUAUGCCUAUAAUUAACGUCGAGGAAAACAUCAGUUUGUCGGGAAUAGAAUUAUCGCCAUAUUUGAAGUUUAAUUCUAAGUCUAAUCAAAGCCAUAAUUUGUCAGAUAUAGAUUUAGUACUUAUGGAAAAUUUUAAAACGUUCACACAAUCUGCACCAAGUGAGAGUAAAGAGCAGAAUGCAAUGACAUCUAAAAAAACUGAAGACGAUAUAAUUAAUAAACAUACACCAAAAUCUUUGUUAAAACAUAGGGCUAAAACACAUAGGCUUAGUUUAUCUACUCCUCGAAGAAAUAGCCAUAUAAGAACACUUGAUUUUAAUACUCCAACGAAGCUAAUACAUUCCGCUCCAAAAAUGCAAGAUAAUGAAAAUAUGAGCUGUUCUCCGAAAUUGUUAAGACCAAUGAAAUCAGUUCGUAGAACUUCUCUCUUCAAAUCACCGCCAUUCACUAAUCCAUCUGUAACAGUACCAACAUUUCCAAAUGCAUUAAAUAUCGCACAAUCUAAUGAAAUACCCAUAGCGACUAGAAGUCCUAUUCCGAAACUUAUGGGAGGUUGGGAAAAAUAUAAUGGCGUAGGAGUGAUCAUAGAUGAUCCAUCUCCGUGUAAAAGCAAUGGUACGACGACUUCUCCUAUAUCAAUAAAUAAAUCUCAAAAACCUAAGACCAUAGGAAAGAGUUGGGAUGCAGAUUUGCGUAAGUGUUUACAGACGAAUGAUGAGAAAUCCACGACGUCGACGAUAAAUAAUAAUAAAAAAAAAAAAAAAGCUGCUGAAGGUAAAAAUAAUGUCGGGUGUAAGAGUUCUAAACGUAACUUGCAAAGCUUGAAGACCAAAGGUAAGAAAAAGUCUAACGACGAAAAAAUUGUAAUCGAUGUAAAGAAACAGUAUGUUGAAAAACAAGACGAAGAAUCGAUAGCAAGUGUACAAAAUGUUAAAAAGAAUAAACCGAAUAUAAUUUCGUCGAUGUCAAUGGAAACGAGUAAUAAAUCACUUUCUAAGAAUCUGUUAAAUAAUGCAAACAGGGAGGUAACGAGUGGGACGAGUAAUUGUUACGUUUUGGAAAAGAUAGAGACGCGUACAGAUGCAUGCACGAUUAAAUCCACUUGUCCUGUAGCUGUGAUAGAAAACAAUAUCACGAGGAAUACAAGCGAUAAAGAAACAAGUGAGAAAAAGGUUGUAAAGAAAUACGUACAAUUAAAAACAUUGAAAACGAAUUUAAAAAAAUCGGAAAAAGAAACAAUCGUUACGAACGAUGUAUUGCCUACUAUAGAAGUCAUUCCAAUAUCUGAACCUCUGAAAGCUAGCGUAGAAAAUAUUCAACAAAUUGUUCCGAUAUCUGAUAUAAUAGAUUUAGAAACGCCAAGAAAAUUUGAAAAUUCUUCUGGAAUACCUUCGACUCCUCGUUUGCUUAGUCCGAAUAGCAAUAUUAUUCCACCGUAUAUUAAAAUCAGUGAUGAUUCGACUAAAAUUCGUAGCUUGAUAAACACACCGGAGUUUCCAACUACUCCUUGCAUUGCAUUAACCCCAAAACAUUGCGAGGAAAAUACUCGCGACGUUAUAAAGAAAGGAAUAUACAACGGAUGUAUAUCGCCUUAUUAUAAACCAAGUACGGAACAUGUGAAUUCGUGUGAUCCUGAAAAAGUGAUAAAAAUUGAUAUGAAAUUUGAUAACAGUGCAACGAAACAUUUAGCUGUACCGAUUUCUGACACUGCUGCUCAAUGCACAAUAAAUAGAGACAAUAGUUAUGAUAACGUAUCUGUUUCUACUAAACUUGAAAUAACACAGUUUGAAGUGAUCAAAGAAAAUUUGCCAAAGGAUGAAGCUGUAAAAGAACUUAAAAUAUCCUCCAACACUAAGGAUACUACGACAUCUGCCAAUGUAAAUGCAACUCCAAUGCAAGAUGUUAAUGAAAAUGUUAGCAAUGUUGUUACGUUAAAUAAUGAAAUAUCUCCGAGUAUUAAUGAAAAUUCAACCGACAGCGACACAUCUUCGUCUUCUUCUUCUUCAUCGUCGUCAUCCUCUUCUUCUUCUUCUUCUACUAACUCUAAUAUUACCGAUACAUCCAAACCAUUUUCAUCUAACAAAAAAUACAAAAAGACUCCUAAUAAAAUAUACACAGAUACAAGUAAUGAUUCUAUAGCAAAGGUAAAUGCAUCUAAUAACGAUUCUAUCCAUGAUAUAUCCACAAACUUAAAAAAUAAUUUAACCAAAGAUAAAGCGGUAUCGAGUGUAUCAAAUAUGUCAACCAAUGUAAUGGAAGUUGAGAAAGCAUCCACGGAUAUUGUAAUCAAAUCUGAAUCAUCUCCAGCUAAGCUACUUUCGAUAAACAAAAACGAAGAGCAAUUGGAAUCUACUUUAAAGGAAACUCCUGCUAAGGAUGAAAAUUUCUUACCGGAAGAAGACAUAUCUGACACUCCUAGCAGUUCAAAAAUUGGUAUAGACAAUGUAACAAAUUUAUCUUCAAAGAUAUCUGCGUUUAUUAGCUCAGAAAAUGAAAAAUUAACGAACGUAAAUUCUUCAAGAGAACAAGUCUCCAAUACGAAUGAAGUCGUACAAAAAGCACGAAUAGUAAAUAUACAAAAUAUAUCGCUUGACAGGUCUACUUUUUUACCAUUGGCAGAAUACGCAAAUUGUCAAAAUAAUAAGCAGAAAAUAAUAAAUACAGAUGAGCAUGCGAAACAAUUGGAACAAAAACGUCAACGUAUAAUAGCGAAACUCAAACAAAUACCAAAAUCGAAUGUAACUCUUGGAAAAAAUAAAUCUAAACAAAAUAUAUUAUCGGUAAAGAAUAAAAAUAGUUACGUAAGUAAAAAUAAUCGACUAAAGGAUAAGAUAACAGGUGAAAUAAGAACCAGAGAAAAACGAUGUGAAAAAAAUUUUGAUAAGAAUACUAAUAACAGAGAGAAUACUGACGAACAUGUUUCUCCGAGUAAUAAUGUUGUUACGAAUAUUCAAGAUAUCAAUAAAGAAGAAAGUAACAAAAAAAUGUCUAUUAUACAUUCAUCACAUAAAUGUAAUAAGGAUAUUCAAAAUAAUAAAAAAAAUCUUCUAAUGGAAGCAAAUACUACAGUAAAUACAUUAGUCUCUGCGCAAAGAAAAGUAAAUAUAGAGAGGAAAACUAAGAUGGAAGAAUAUGGUACUGUUCAUACUACAUCUCAAAACGAUAUUAUUGAAAGUGAACAAAAUAAUGAUAACAAAGUAAGCGAACAAGAAUCGUCAAAAGACUAUCUAUCGAGUACUAACAGAGGUAAAAAGCAAAACGUACAAGAUAAUGAUACAAUAAAGGAAUAUAAUAUAAAAGAUAAUGCAAUUAUUGCGGUAAAACAUGUUGAAAAAAUAAAAGAUACAAUAAAGAAAUAUAAUAUGAAAGAUGAUACAAUUAUUGCGAUAAAACAUAUUGAAAAAGUAAAGGAUAUACUGAAGGCUAAAGUAAAUCAAGUAAAACGAGAUUUGUUCAGUGAUGAAGAAAAUGAAUCAAAAUCUCAAAUAUCAGAAGAUAUAAUCUCGAAAGAUCUUCAAGUUGAAAGAAAGGAUGAACAUAUUUUAGAUAAUGACGAAAUCAUAAACGCUGUAGAAACUAUUAAACCGCAAGACUCAAAAGAGGAAUUAUCUUGCGUUCUCGAAUGUUUACAGCUAGUACCGGCAAGUAAAACUGAUAAUCAUAAAGAAAAAAAUGACAACAUUCAAUUUGAAGAGGAAAUUGAUUUAAAUACAAGUGGACCGAGUUCUGUGGAAUAUCACUUUGUUUAUGAUGACAGUGUAUCAACGAAAAAAAGAAGAAGAAGAUACAGUAACAAUGAAUUAAAACAGCAUAUAAAUGUUCAACUCAGUAAUGAAAAUUACAGAGAAGUUAUCAAAACUAUGACAGCUACUGAUUAUCAAGAAAUAUUCAAUAUGAAUCCAAAAUCUAAGAAAAAACUGAUCAACAAAAAGUUGCCCGUAAAAAAUUCUGAACCAAGUAACAUAAAAUCUAAUAACAAUAACUUUAUCUUAAAGGAUGAUUGCACCAAGCCAUUAGCCACAUCAUCGCCCGUAGACAAACCUGUAUUACCAAAAUUAAAAAAAGCGGCGGGCAAAAUUACGUCGACAAAUGAUAAAGAUAAUGUAUCAGAAAAAAUAAAAAUGCAAUCUGAAAAAAAUAAAACACAAAAAGACAAUUUAAUUACAAAAAAUCACAAAAGGAAAUUAUCAGAAUCUAAAGAAGAUCCAAAGGUUGAGAAAAAACGUAUAUAUGACCCACAAAUAUUAUUAAGUAAUAUGAACUUAGACGAAUUUUUAACAUCUGUUCAUGGACCUACAUGAAUAUCAAUUGCUCUCUUGUUACAUCCAAAUAUAUUCAUAAUAUAUAUAUAUAUAUAUAUA